CCCCACGCCGCUGGCCCUUCGGCGCGUGCGCAGUGAGCGCCCGCAGCUGCGAGGAGCGGAGAGGCAGGUCAACCUGCGGAGCGGGCAGGUGGCGGCGGGUGCGGCCGGAACCGGAGCUGCCGGGAGUCGGCGCCCUGCAGGACAUGACACAAGUGGCACAUCCCGGCCAUGGGGUCCCAGCAUUCCACCUCCGCUCGCCCCUCUUACUGCAAGCGAAAGAAAGAGAACAGGGAGGAUUUGCUGGCAGAAAGGGAGCAAGAAGAAGCCAUUGCUCAGUUCCCAUAUGUGGAGUUCACCGGUCGAGAUAGCAUCACCUGUCUCACGUGCCAGGGGACAGGCUACAUUCCAACAGAACAAGUAAAUGAGUUGGUGGCUUUGAUCCCACACAGUGAUCAGAGGUUGCGCCCUCAGAGAACUAAGCAGUACGUCCUCCUGUCUGUCCUGCUCUGUCUCCUGGCAUCUGGUUUGGUGGUUUUCUUCCUGUUUCCACAUUCAGUCCUUGUGGAUGAUGACGGGAUCAAAGUGGUGAAAGUCACAUUUAAUAAGCAGGACUCCCUUGUCAUCCUUGCCAUCACGGCUACCCUGAAAAUCAGGAACUCCAACUUCUACUCGGUGGCAGUGACCAGCCUGUCCAGCCAGGUUCAGUACAUGAACACAGUGGUGGGCACAUAUGUGACCACUAACGUCUCCCUCAUUCCUCCUCGGAGCGAACAACUGGUGAAUUUUACUGCGAAGGCUGAGAUGGGAGGACCAUUUUCCUAUGUGUACUUCUUCUGCACAUUGCCCGAUAUCCUGGUGCACAACAUAGUGAUCUUCAUGCGAACUUCAGUGAAGAUUGCAUACAUUGGCCACAUGACCCAGAGCUCCUUGGAAACCCAUCACUAUGUGGACUGUGGAGCUAAUUCCACAGCUGUUUAGAAACUGCUCUUGGUUCUUCCAUGGCAGCACCUGCCAGAAGAGACACAGCACCUGUUCCCAGGGCCUGAGUUACAGACCUAUCCCAGGUGGUAGAAGUAGAGGAGAAAUUGGUUCUCUUAAUCCCCAGCAAACAUCCUCCUGCCAUUUAGGGGUGGGGGUGGGGAGAGCUCCUCUUUGUAGCACCAUCUGUAUUUCUCAGAACCAGCAGAAUCACUGCCCAGUGCCUCGCUUGUGCCUGGCAAAUAGUAGGCACUUAGAGCAAGUUUGAAGAAUUGAAUUCCCAUCUUUUCAGCUGUUCUUGGGCAUUACACAUUGAAAUCCUACCGCGGUUCUAGGUUAUCAGACCAUGGAGAGUGACAUGGAGGUUGGACUGUUAGGGCAGCUCCAGAACGGGUCUCCCUCAUCUGUGCAGAAGAGGCAGCGGGUGGGAAUGUUUGAAUACGUAAGAAAGCACAGACUGUCUAAUACGGGAAAUUUUUUCAUCUCGCAAAUGUCUAGGAACUUAACAGAAACCUUUUUCCUGUAGAAAAUUACAGUUGUUUUUACAUAGAGUCUAUGUGAGGCUUGAUUUACCCUUCAUCCAUUGGCUGGAACAUGGAUUGGGGAUUUGGUAGAAAAAUAAAUCCUGCUUUUGAUUCA